AUGUCGCUUAGUCGGUGCGGCAUUAUCAGAACCCUUAUCAGACCACCCGGCCUUGUCAAAUCACCAGUGCCCGUCAAGGCCAUGACAUCGUCACGUCAGCAUGCGUCGGGCUCAUUCCCCGCAAUCUUCGUUCGAGGCGGCACGUCGAAUGGGCUGGUCAUCCACCGACGCCAUCUACCCCCGGAAAACGAUUGGCACACCGUCCUCCCGGCCGCUAUGGGGUCUCCGGAUCCUUACGGUCGCCAAUUAAACGGCAUUGGCUCUGGCAUCUCCUCGACUUCCAAGAUUAUCGUGCUCUCACCGCCGUCACAACCCGGUGUUGAUGUGGACUACACCUUCGUCCGGGUCGGCAUCAAGGACGGACGCCUUGAUAUGGCGGGAAACUGCGGCAACAUGUCGUCCGCUGUUGGCCCCACGAGCCUGGAUGAAGGACUCAUUCCUAAUCCGCACAUCGAAGAAGUCGAAGGAUUGAAAUUCGCCGUUGUUCGCAUCUUCAACACCAACACCUCCAAGGUUGUUUUAUCGCGCUUCAGAGUUGAUAGGAGCCCGCUCAAGUACUGCUCUGACGGCGACUACGCCAUGGACGGUGUUCCUGACACGAACUCGCCCAUCACGUUGAGCUUUCUGGACCCUGCCGGAGCCAAGACGGGCAAGGCACUCCCUACUGGCAAUGCUUGCGAUUGGCUGCAGCUAUCAAAUGGUAGAGCCGUAGAGGCAUCCUUGGUAGACGUCAGCAAUCCUGGCGUCUUCGUUAAAGCUUCGGACUUGGACAUUCCUGCCGCUGAAGAACUGACGCCGCAACUUAUCGAAGCCGACGCACAUCUCAAGUCAUUCUUGGAGGAAAUCCGGCGCGCGGGGGCUUCUGCAAUGGGCCUGGAUCCUGACAUCGAAAGUGUUCCCAAAGUUGUCAUCCUCUUCUCCGACACUGGCUCGCCCGAGGUUGAUAUUCGUUGCCUGGCAAUGUCCAUGGGUCAGGCCCAUAAGGCUGUUCCCCUGACACUUGCAUUGUGUCUCGGUGCCGCCAGUCAGCUGCCGGGAACUCUCGCUGCUCAGAUAGUGGGAAGUCGUUCGAAGCAUUCUGUCAGCAUUGGGCAUCCGAGUGGGAAAGUGGACAUUGGAACCACCUUCGAGGGAACCAAAAUCAAGUCAGCAGAUCUCCACCGCACUGCACGGGUUCUGAUGAAAGGCGAUGUGUUCUAUUAG